AUGUAAUAAUAAAUUACUCCAGAAUAAGGAUAAAACAUAAUAAAUGACUAAAUAGAAGAAUUGUAACGUAACACACUGCAGGAAGAAUAAGAACAAAUUGGAGAAGGAGCACAAGGAAUUUGUUAUCGGUUUGAACAAAGGGUUUAUAAGUUUUUGAAUAUUCAAAAUAGUUUUCUUUCUUUGGAAGAAUUGAGAUAAAUGAAUAGAGUAUUUGAUAAUUAAAUUUAGUUUGAAUAACUUUGUUUAUAAUAAUUGGCUAGCAGUGAUUAUACAUGUGAAAUUUAAAGAAACAUUUGUGAUAAUGACUUUAAUUUGUGGAUCGCAACAGCUUACAUGAAUUAAGGUAGUCUUAAUAUGGAUUGUCUUAUCAAUAAUAACUAUAUAAAUGAUAGAUUAUCAUUAGAGACACUUUCAAUCAUUUGCAAAAGAUUAAUAAAGAUUCUUAAUUAUUUUCAUCAUAACUGUAUAUUCCAUCUAGAUGUUAAACCAGAGAAUAUAUUACUUCAUGAAGAAUAUCAAUUUUACUAUUCAACUGAUAAUAUAAAUUAGGAAUAUAAAAUAGAAGAUGGAUUACAGAUGUUAAGGAAUUAAUUAUCAAAUGAAUAAAUAUAAAUGUAAUACAAAUAUGAUAUCUAACCAGAUUAUUUGAAUCUCCAAUAAAUUCUAAGUAGGUUUCAAAUUUUAUAACCUAAUGAUAGAAUUAUAAUAACUAAUGUAAGGUUCUCUCAAAUAGAGGUACAUUAAUUAAUCUAUUGGAUUGAAAAAUGGCUUCGUUUUUAAAAUAGGUUAUAAUUCAAUCCACAAAAUAUCUAUGUAAAAAAAGGGAUUAAAAUUUGUUUUUGUGAUUUUGGUUUAGCUAGAUAAUUUAACAAUUAAGAUAUUAAUAGACCAAUUUUUGAAUAUGGAUUUUAUAAGACUCCCUAUUAAAUUUUAGGAGGAAUUGUUUAGUAGUAGUAUUAAAUAGAAGCACGAAUGAUUGCAAGAUAAGAAGAUUUAUUCAGAUUAGGAAUCACCUUGUGCUAUCUAUUGAAUACAAAUCAACAUAUUUAAUUUAAAGACAUUUAAUUUGACCAAAAAAUUCUCUUAUAAUUCCUUUAAUAAACAUACAAUUAAAAUAACAUUAAUCUAAAUAACAUUCUUAUUGAUGAUUAACAAAGACUCCUUCAAUAUUAUUCAUUUAUUAACGAGCUGAGAAGAUAAUAAGCAAUUCAAAAUUAAUUUGGUACACAAAAUAAUGCAACUAAUCAGUUUCUCAGGAUGAUUAUUGAAAUGUUAAGUUUCUCAUUUACACCAUCCAAUUAUUUUUAUGUUAACCAAGAAGAUUAAGAACUACCAUUAAAUAAUAUUAAAAAUGUAAAAGGAAUCUGUAAAAUAUUAGAGAAUUAGUAAAGAGUUUGA